AUGGCCACCCGCGUUUCCAAUUCGGGGCGACCGCCCAAGUCCAAGGGCCAGAAGCAUGGAAAGCAAGAAAUCCGUCAACAGAAGCGCAAGAGAGAGCAGGAAGACUUGCAGAGCCUCGAGGGUCGCAUCUCGGACCUGGAUCUCAAGAGCAGCGAAAUCAAGCUCUUCUCUGAUCUCCCCUUCUCGCAGCCGACCACCUCUGGCCUGAAGGCAUCGCAUUUCACCACCCUUACCGACAUCCAAGCGAGCGCCAUUCCUCUGGCCCUCAAGAACAAUGAUAUCCUCGGCGCAGCAAAGACAGGCAGCGGAAAGACUUUGGCGUUUAUUUUACCUGUGCUGGAAAAGCUCUAUCGGGAGCAGUGGACCGAAUUCGACGGACUUGGCGCCCUCAUCAUCUCCCCGACCCGUGAGUUGGCUGUUCAGAUCUUCGAGGUUUUGCGCAAGGUCGGUCGAUAUCAUGCUUUCUCCGCGGGACUGGUCAUUGGAGGCAAGAGCUUGAAGGAGGAGGCCGAGCGACUUACGAGGAUGAACAUCCUGGUCUGCACGCCCGGGCGAAUGCUGCAGCAUCUCGACCAGACCGCUGGCUUCGACGCCGACAAUCUGCAGAUCCUUGUUCUAGACGAGGCCGACCGUAUCAUGGACAUGGGUUUCCAAAGGGAUGUCGAUGCCCUGGUUGAGCAUCUGCCCAAGUCCCGGCAAACACUAAUGUUCAGCGCCACCCAAAGCAAGAAGGUUUCUGACCUUGCACGUCUCAGCCUCAAGGAUCCCGAAUACGUAUCCGUCCACGAGUCCGCCGCUUCCUCCACGCCUUCCAAUCUCCAGCAACACUACAUCGUCACCCCUCUCCACGAGAAAAUCGAUACCCUGUACGGCUUCAUCAAAGCGAAUCUCAAGAGCAAAAUCGUCGUGUUCCUAAGCUCGGGGAAGCAGGUGCGCUUCGUCUACGAGAGCUUCAGACAUCUCCAACCCGGUAUCCCUCUCCUCCACCUCCAUGGACGGCAGAAGCAGCUAGCACGACUUGAGAUCACGUCAAGAUUCACAUCAGCAAAGCACUCGUGCCUGUUCGCCACCGAUGUCGUCGCGCGAGGUAUCGAUUUCCCUGCCGUCGAUUGGGUCAUCCAGGUCGACUGCCCCGAAGACUCAGACACCUAUAUCCACCGUGUAGGACGAACAGCGCGCUACCAAAGCAACGGGCGGGCCGUCUUGUUCCUCGACCCCAGCGAGGAGGCCGGCAUGCUGCAGAGGCUGGAGCAGAAGAAGAUCCCAAUCCAGAAGGUGAACGUCAAGGAGAAGAAGAAACAGAGCAUACAAAACAGCCUGCAGAACAUGUGCUUCCAAAAUCCAGACCUGAAGUACCUGGGACAAAAGGCCUUCAUGAGUUACGCCCGCGCCGUCCACCUACAAAGGGACAAGGAGAUCUUCAACCUCGACAAGCUUGACCUCGACGCCUACGCCGCGGGGAUGGGUCUGCCCGGUACGCCGCAGAUCAAGUUCCAGAAGGGCGAGGACAUCAAGCGGAUCAAGAACGCCCCCCGCGCCGGCAUGUCGAGCGACUCAGAGUCCGACAUGGACUUGGACGGGCCCAAGGAGAAGCCAAAGAAGAAGAAGAAGGACGAGGUGCGGACCAAGUACGACAAGAUGUUUGAGCGGACCAACCAGGACGUCUUCUCCAGCCACUACAGCAAGAUCGUGGACGACCAGGACAACGACGACUCCGACGACGACUUCCUCGCCGUCAAGCGCCGGCUGAACGACGACGACCUGGACGCGGAGUCGAGAAAGGCGCCCGGGACGGUGAUCAAGGCCCUCGACCUCGGCGGCGGCGAGUCCUACGUGGUCGACUCGAAGCGCCGCGAGAAGGCCCUCAAGUCCAAGAAGAAGAUGCUCAAGUUCAGGGGCAACGCGUCCAAGCUCGUCUACGACGACGACGGCAACGCGCACGAGAUCUACGAGCUCCAGGACGAGGACGACUUCAAGCAGGAGGGGACGGCCGAGGAGCUCAGGCAGAGGUUCCUCGAGGACGAGACCGCCCGGGUCAGGGAGGCCGACGUCGACGACAAGGCGCUCGCGAAGCAGAAGAAGCGCGAGAAGAGGGAGAAGAGGAAGGCGGCGGAGCGGGCCGAGUUCGGCGCCCUGGACUCGGGCGACGAGGCCCCGCAGCUCAUCGGGGGCGGCGACGACGAGGAUCCGCUGGCUUUGCUGCGGUCGCUGCCCAUCGCUGGGGAGGACGGCAGCGGGGACGAGUCUGGCGACGAGCCGCCGAGGAAGAAGGCCAAGAAGUGGUUCCAGCAGGACUCGGACGUCGAGUCGGACGCGGGCAAGAAGAGCGCCAAGGCCAAGAAGAAGAGCAAGGGCAAGGGCAAGGUGUUCGAGGUGCAGGAGGAGCCCGAGACGCUGGAGGAUUUGGAAGCACUCGCUACGGGAUUGCUGGAUGGAUGA